AUGACCUCGAUGCCCAUGAUUGAUAGGUCCAUUACCUGUGAUAUCGUCUCCUGCGAGCGAUGCGAACGUCGAGUCCGCGCAGGACAUCUUCCUCCCCUAUUCAUGCGUGCGAAAAUGCGCCUCUCUCGGAUGAAGAAUUCGAAGCAGCUGUCCACAGCGAAGUCCAAGCCAUUCUCGCCAGAAACAACGAGCGGGCACUCUGCAAGCGCCCUUCAGAGUUAA